UGCUCAUCAGUGCCACGUGCCAGUGCCCAUCAGUGCCACGUGCCAGUGCCCAUCAGUGCCACCUAUCAGUGCCAGUCAGUGCCACCUAUCAAUGCCAAUCAGUGCCACCUAUCAGUGCUGCCAAUCAGUGCCACCUAUCAGUGCCAGUCAGUGUCGCCUAUCAGUGCGCAUCAGUCCCAUUCAGUGCCGCCUAUCAGUGCCAGUCAGUGCCGCCUAUCAGUGCCAGUCAGUGCUGCCUAUCAGUGCCAUAUAUCAGUGUCAUGUAUCAGUGUCAUGUAUCAG